AUGAGUAUCAGCCCAAAGAACACUGCAAAUGUGAAUUCUGACGAAAUGCAGCCAGGAAUAGACAAAUGGCAUGAUAUUAAGGAAAGGAUUACACGACUAGAUAGCACAUUCACGGACACAAUAAAGUAUUAUGAGAAGAAGAAGCAGAAGUGGCAAGGGCACUACAACUGGUUUAAGGAUGAGUUUGGGAGUAUUGCAAAACAAAAUCCAAGACUGACAGUUGAAGAAGUAAAAGGCCAAAUGGAUGACUGGAAAGCAAGCGAAUUUGAGGCGUUGCUGGGUGAUUUGGCAGUACAGGAACAGAAAUACCACUGCGCACCACAAACUGGGACCAGCCGCGAGUCUACUGGCUCAAAGAGGAGGCGGAUCGCGGGGGGCUAA